AUGUCAAUUUAAUUAUAUUUCAAUCCCAUCUCAUAACCAUCAAGAGCUGUACACGCACUAUUGGUACUUGGUAAAAUCCCCCAUGAUUUACACGUCAUUGAUUUGAUGAAACAAGAGCAAAAUACUCCAGAAUACAGAAAGAUAUCCCCAACCGGUAACGUACCCUCAAUUGUUGAUGGAGAUGUUGUCUUGUUCGAAUCCCACACUAUAUUAAAAUAUUUAGCUAAGAAAUUCAAGCUUGAAAAGUUCUACCCAUCUGACAUUGUUGAAUAAGCCAGACUUGAUUAAUAUCUUGAUUGGCAUCACACAGGAACCAGAAAUGUUACAAUAACAGCCAGAGAUUUUGUAUUCCUUCCAAAACUCUUCGGAAAGCCAGCUCCAGAAAAUAAGGAUGAAAGAUUCAAAGAAUUAGCAUGGUAUCUUUCGGCCUUUGAAGAGAUCUUCUUGGGAGGUGGAAAACAUAAAUACAUAUUGGGAUUUGCCGAACCAACUAUUGCUGAUUUGAGGUAAAUAAUUAUAUAUAAUUUUUUAGUGCAAUCUGUGAAUUGACAUCAUUAUUGCUACUCAAUUUUGAUCUUACUCCUCAUCCUCACCUUCAUCAAUACAUUAAACAUAUCCUUUCAAUUCCUGAGGUUAAAGAGGUCCAUCAAGCUGCUUUUGGAUUUACCUAAAAAUUCACAGAAAACUUAAGAUAAGAGUUUGUCGAUCUUAUCUAAUGAGUUAUAAAUAACAAAAUAAACAAACAAUUUCCUA